AUGUCGCAUACUAUCCUACUGAUCCGAACAAGUCAGCGUCCCGGAACACGCACCUACUGUGAUUACGAGAGCAUCAACGAAUGCUUGGAGGGUUUAUGUAAGAUCUACGAGAUGUAUCUAAAGCGAUGCAACCCAAACUUAUCGACCAUAACCUACGACAUUAGCCAGCUUUUCGACUUUGUCGAUCAGCUGAUAGAACUUAGCUGCCUUGUGUAUCAUAAAAGAACCCACUCAUAUGGUGCGUACGACAAGGAAUGGAUAAAGGAGAAGAUUUACACUCUGAUGCAACGGGCAACCACAAGCAGCAACGCGUCGUAA